AAUACAUUUUCAAGAGAAAUUCUAUUCAUGGAAGGAAAAUUCCGGUUAUCGUAAGGGAAAAUUUAACACUGGAGCUAGAAAAUGUGAAGAUAAGAAAGCGCACGUUGUUUGUAAUAUGGAACACGAAUCAGGCAACCCUUUAAUUACAAAAAACAUAUUACACGCUGGUACUAAAUCAGUAACGUUCACAUCAGGAACGAAGGUUUUCUUCCAUUUUCAAACAAGGAAAUGUGAUGAUGAACAAACAGUUGUAGAUGACAGCCGAAAACUUGGAAAGCCAAUGGAACUUGUACUUGGUAAAAAAUUCAAGUUUGAAGUUUGGGAAACAGUAGUUCAGAUGAUGGCUUUAAAUGAAGUAGCAAGUUUUACAGUAGAUAAAAGUUUAUUAUCUGGUUAUCCAUUUCUUUCCAAAACAUUGCGUGAAGCAGGAAAGUCCCGAGAACAGCGUCGUCCUCACUGCUGUGGUGUUACAUUACAGAAUGACGGCAUUGGUUAUGAAGACUUAAACCGACUGAUAAAGGAACCUAGUGAUUUGGUAUUCACAAUAGAAUUGUUAAAGGUUGAAGCUCCCGAAGAUUACGAGAAGGAAUCGUGGCAGAUGAAUGAAGAAGAGAAACUGGAGGCUAUUCCUGCUCUUCGUGCUGAAGGAAAUUCUCUCUUUUACAACAAAAACUACAAAGCUGCUUCUGGAAAGUAUGCCCUUGCUAUUGGUAUGCUGGAGCAACUCAUGCUUGUUGAAAAGCCCGGAGAGGAAGAAUGGUUUGCUCUGGAGAAGCAAAAGCUGCCACUGCUUCUGAAUUUUUCACAGUGCAAGUUGUAUGAAAAGGAUUACUACGCAGUUAUAGAACACUGUUCCACUGUACUCAAGAGUGAUCCUGACAAUGUGAAGGCUCUGUUCAGGAGGGCAAAGGCGCACGUGGGAGCAUGGAAUCCUAGAGAAGCUCACGGGGACUUCGCACGAGUGAUGGAACUUGAUCAUUCGCUGCUGGCUACUGUCCGGAAGGAGUUGAAACAGUUGGAAGAAAUGGAAAGGAAACAGGACGAGGAGGACAAAUCAAAACUGAAGGGAAAAAUCUUUUGAGCAGUAGGAAACCACCUGCCAGAUAUAUUGAAGCUAUGGGUACAAUAUGUAAAUGCUUUGUAUAUUAGUAAAUGAUAUUUUUGUCUUUAAGUAGGACUUGAGAUUCUCAUGUAAAUGAGUUACAAGAUGAGCGUCUUCUGGGCUGUAGUGCCGUGUAAUCUGGCAAAGGUUUAACAUUUCGGAGGUCCUUGCUGCUUGUCAUCAGGAAUGGAGGCAGCAUGGACCUCUGAAACAUUCAACUUUUACCAGAUUACACGGCACUGCAACCCAGAAGACGCCCAUCUCAGAUUUUGUUCUUGUUGAUUUGCAUAUUAAUUUUAAUAGUCCAUGUAUAGAGAUGUAAAAUUUAUAAUGAAUAAUUUAUUUUAUGUUCUUGAAUGUUGCAUUCGUAAUUUUCAUUCAGCAUUUUAUUGUUCCCAUCACUGUUACUGUGGGACAUAAGUCAGAUUCGAUGGUAUGAAAUUAACAUAACACUGAAGAUGGAGAGUUACAGUCAGUAUUUAAAAUUACCUUUGGUAAAAUACAUUAUUAAGAAUAUAAAUGAAAAAUAAACGUUUUAUAUUUUUA